UUUUUAACCUUUGCGGCUGUCGCUUUUCAAAACAAAAUAAGAUUUCGAUUGCGCAUUUUACAUAACCAAAAUUAUGCCGAAGAGCGAAAUGAAAAUUUUCAAAACAAACUUCACGUGUGACUCUUUUGAGAAUUCACGUGUUAGCUAUAAACACUUGCGACAUGACUGAUGAUAUAAAUUUGGAUAUGUCCCUAGAUAAAUUUAAACUGUGGAGUACAAACGCCUUAAAAUCUUUUCUACAUGUAAGAAACAAAAUCACUGAUGGAUCCUUUGAAGAACUAACUGCCAGAGCUUAUGCAGCUUGGUGUGAUAACAUUGAUGUUGACCCUGAACUUGAACAGAGAGAGAGAGACGUUUUGGAGGAGUAUCGUAGUAAACUGACGUUGAAAGAUACCGUAUUUGACGACCCCCUUGUUUUAAAAGACGGGUGGAUUGGAGAGCACGGUAAAAGUGGCAUUAACUCGUGGCCUUCGUUAAAUUAUCUUGACAUAGCAAACUACGUCGGCUUGAAACAGCCUGAUUUUCUAAGGCGUAUGCAAAGUGAUUACAAGCAAGGGAAAUCGUUCACAUAUUUCGCAUGUCAGUUUGUUCGUGAGACAUUUAUAAAUACAAUAAGCGAAGACUCAAAUAUUGUAUGUUGAAAUGUCGCGUAGUUCCUUCGCAAAGAGUCAACAACAAACCCUACUUUGUUUGGGCAAUAAUUGUAAAAGAUACUCCAAGUCGACCUGGUGGACAAAUCAUAAGUGCUUAUUGCUCGUGUACCGCUGGGCUUUAUGGUGCAUGCAAUCAUAUAACAGCUAUGUGUUUCCGCAUUGAAUACGCAGUAAGAGCGGGCAUGACUAAUCCUAGCAAGACCAGUACAUUAUGUACAUGGAACGCCCCUUCAGGAACGAAAGUAAAUACAAAAGCUGAAGAGAUUAGUGAAAUACAUUUCGAUAAACCACACUACAUGAAAGAUCACGAGGCUAGUCAAAAAAUUAUCGAAACUAAAGCAAAGUUUAAGUUAUUUUCACCAUCUGAUCCCAGUCGUCUAAAAAAGCUUCAAAAUAAAGAUAACAUCAGAACAGAACUAUUCGCAGUUAUUAAAGACGACAUCAAGGGCAGUACCUUGUGGGAAUGUAUGGAAGGCAUUAGCAUAUCUAGAGAGGCAGAGAAAAUGAACUCAAACAAAACAACUUUGUUAACUUUACCCGCCGAAGCAGAAACGUUUUUAGAAAAUAGGAAAAUAGACAGCGACCAAAAUAUUACUUCAUUCAAAAAAAGCCUUGUUUAUACUGAUGAACAUAUUAGAUAUCUCAAUGAGGCAACAAAAAAUCAAAAUCAAAGUUCAGAAUGGCACAGUCAUAGAAAGGGUCGAAUCACUGCAUCGAAUUUCCACAGAGUAUUUACAAAAACUACCACACUUCAAUCAACAAAAAAAACAGUUUCCGCUGAUGCUUUAAUUUCGGACCUCAUGGGGUAUAAAGACAAUCCUACAACACAUGCAUUAAAACAUGGACAUCUUUAGAGCCACAUGCAAAAA